GGAAUGACAGUCAUUGUGGUGACGGCUGCAGUGGUGACUGUACCACCUGUUUUUUCAUACACCGCUGAGAAGCCCUGAGUGUUAGACUGGGUGAACUUUGGGUCGCUGGUGCUCGGCGAACGCUAACAGGUGUCACAAAACAGUCUUCAGCCUAAUGGAGGACUCCGAGCAGCUUUUGGCUGUCAGGUCAGAGGAGAGUCAGCGAAACGGCCGCUGCAGCUUAGAUACAAAGACGGUGGAGGAUUUCAGACGGAGGCUCAAAUACUUCUUCAUGAAUCCCUGCGAGAAGUACAGAGCCAGGGGUCGGAAACCGUGGAAACUGAUGAUACAAAUAUUAAAAAUUGCAAUCACUACUGUCCAGUAUACCAAUCUCCAAAACCUGACUGUAGGUAAUCUUGCAUACGAGCUCAUUAAUGGCGACUACACUCCUCUGACUUUGUGUCAAGUGUUUUAUAGAAACAGCACCAUCGAUCCUGAAAACGACACCUUUGAUAUUGAUCCGCAUAUUGAUAAAGAUUGUAUUUCCAUACACCCUAUGCAAUCGUUGAGCAACAACACUCUGGCAACACAUCCCAACUUCUCUUUGGAUUUCAGAAGGCUGCUAUCUGUGAACAUCUACCUAACUCUGAAAACCAUCAAUCUGCAGACUGUGCGGCACCACGAGCUACCAGACUGUUAUGAUUUCCACAUAGUGAUCAUUUUUGACAAUCGUGCACACAGCGGAAAGAUAAAGGUUGAUAUUGAAAAUGAUGUUAGAAUUUAUGAAUGCAGUGACUGGAACGUGGAAGGCACAUCUGGGAAGAACGAUUAUCUCCUCUUGUCGUUUGAUUCUGUGGUCGUCCUCGCCUGUUUCGCCUCUCUCAUCCUCUGCAUACGAUCUGUCAUCCAUGGCAUCCAGCUCCAGUUUGAGUUCAACAUCUUUUUCCAUGCCUACUACAAUAAAACUGUGUCCUGGUCAGACCGCAUGGAGUUUGUGAAUGGCUGGUACAUGCUCAUUAUUGUCAGUGACAUAAUGACCAUCACUGGAUCAGUGCUGAAAAUUGGAAUACAAACAAAGUUCUUAACAAACUAUGAUGUCUGCAGUAUCUUGCUGGGAACAGCCACGAUGCUUGUCUGGGUUGGUGUGAUUCGUUACCUGAGUUUCUUCAAGAAAUACAACAUCUUAAUCUUAACCUUGAGGGCGGCAUUGCCCAAUGUGUUUCGAUUCUGCGUCUGUGCAGCCAUGAUCUACCUCGGGUACUGUUUCUGUGGCUGGAUCGUCCUUGGACCUUACCACGACAAAUUCAGAACACUGGCUAAAGUGACAGAGUGCCUCUUCUCUCUCCUCAAUGGUGAUGAUAUGUUUUCCACCUUUCUGAGGAUGAGAGACAAAACCUACAUGGUGUGGCUCUUCAGCAGACUCUACCUCUAUUCCUUCAUCUCGAUCUUCAUCUACAUGGUGCUCAGUCUGUUCAUUGCUCUUAUCAAUGACACGUACGAAACCAUCAAGCAUCAUCAGAAGGACAAGGAGCCAGUGUCCCAGCUUCAGGCCUUCAUUGCAGAGUGCAUAGAUCAGCCCGAGUCUGGACGAUACCAGAUUACUGACGAGUCGACCUGCUGCAUGUUUUCACGUGGCUGCUUUGGAUAACAGGGUGUAGUGUCAUCAUUUUGCCAAGUGUGAGCAAAGAGUUGCCCUCAUGUGACUGCAAAAUGCCCCACAGGGUCCUGAGAGUCUGUAUAGAGCCUUUGUUAACACUAUUGGGUGAUAGUGAUGGAAUAUCUUCCAACUUAAACAGAUGUACUUUUACUUGAGUUUUGACUUUUUUAGAACUAGUAAAUUAGCAAAGUUCCUAUGUUAAGGACAUGCUGAUAUAAUAUGGCCACAUUAUAAACCAAUGUAACAUCAAUAUCAAUCAUUGCCGUAUAAAUAUGUCAAACAAUAUUCUCUUCUUGCCAGUGUUGCAUUCAAACAUGGAGGGCAGAUGUCUCAGACAUUAGUGAGGAAAAACACUAAGAAGAACUUCCUCCUGGCUACACAACAAUGAUGUAACUUGGAAAUCUUCUAUAUACAAGCACUUAAGGAGAAAAUUUAAACAUCUUUCUAUUUUCAUAAUCAUUUAUCCAACUUGGAGUCUUCCUACAUUGGUUGAACAGUGGGGUUCACCCUGGACAGGUCGCUAGUCCAUCACAGGGUCAACACAGAGAGAAAAAUAAUCAUUCACACUCACAUUAAUACAUAUGGCCAAUUUAGAAUCACCAUUAGCCAAACAAGCACAUCUUUGGACUGUGGGAGUAAACUGGAGCACUUGGAAGAAAUCCACACAGGGAGAACAUGCAAAGUCCACCAGGGGGUACAAACCCAGAACCUUCUCACUGUGAGGAAACCAUGCUAAAAGAUACAACUCUCAAAUAAACUUCACAACUUGAAUGCAAAGUAAAGUGAAAGUGAAUUUCCUGAAACGUAAUUGCUUUUCAUCUCUCUAUUUUGUGCUGAGCACAGUUUUUUUUUUUGUCAGCAAUACAGAAGCAUAUCCUAUGACCUGCAUAAAUUACUUUGUAUAUUUUUGCUAUACUUGUAUUUUUUCUUUUGCACAACAUGUGAAAUUGA